UCACAGGGGCAUAGUCUCUUAUCCUUUGAGAGCUCACAGUGAGUCAGUCUCCGAGUCCUUUUUCUGACUCAGGAGCGUGUACGUGUGUAUGUGCGCGCAGCGCGUGUGUGUGUAAACCCAAGCAGUCAGUGAGAUUUGGAAGGUGGAUCGUGGUCGGGGGAGGCAACCCUGAUCUGGCCCAUGUCCACGGGACUCCUGCCUCUGAUAACUCAAGAGGCUUCAGGGCUGGACGGAGGAGAGGGGAUCCAGAGGAAGAGAGUCCUCAGUCUUACCAGAGGAGAGAUAUGCCAGGGAGAAAUGAGAACAAUGACAACAGAACUGAGCACAAUCAGCACUGGUGCUUCAUUGUGACAGGGCUGUGUUCAGCUACUCUGUGGUGAGCCGCUUCUGCCGUUUCUGCAGACUAUGGUCGCCAUUACAAGAUGGCGCUGGCUCCGCUGUGGUCUGUGACAAACAACUCCUUAUUUGGGAGAGUUGGCGCAUGGUUUUUCACCACCCUAUGAGAAAGCUCCACGUGGCAGCUUCACAUUGGGGCUUGAGAUGCUUUAUUAAGGCUGGGAGGGGCAUCCGAGAAGGAGAAGAAGAAAUAUCAAGGGCCUGAAUAAACUGCUGAAAGAAGAUUCCUGAGUUGCGUCUUCCUUGCGGGCAAGGGGUCGCGACAAGUGGUGCCGAGACCCGGGAACCAGAACUUUCAGCAGUCAGGGGUGGUGCACCGGUUAGUCCCAGGUAAGUGGGAUCCGCGAUCAAAGCGGGGUUAGUCCCAGGUAAGUGGGAUCCGCGACCAAAGCGGGGCAGCUCCUCUGUAAAGAAAGAGACAGCAUUACAUUUUAUUGCAGCUGCACUGUGUACUUUCGCUUUUGUUUUCUGUGUUUCUUUUGUUGUGUCAUUUCGCUUUUGUUUUUUGUGCUUCUUUUGUUGUGAUGACAGGGACGCUCCCCUGUAAAAGGAAGAGAGCGGGGAAUGCAUAGAACAGAACGCUCCCCUGUAAAAGGAAGAGAGCGGGGACUUUUGUACUUUCACUUUCUUUAUAGCUCUAAAAACAUUAUGGGCGUUGCUUCUUCAAGCCCAAUUUUGUUGGCCCUAGAUGUGUUGUUACAUUCAAAAGGACUUAAGAUAAAGCAGAGUACUUUGCAGAUGUUUUUAAGAGAAGCUGAUAUAGCGGCUCCUUGGUUUGCUUUUUCAGGGAGUCUUACGGUUCCCAGCUGGGACAAAUUAGGGAAAGAUCUAGAUUUCGCUCAUGAGCAAGGUACCUUGCAGGGUGGCGUUAUACCACUUUGGAAGUUAGUUAGAGGAUGUAUAACAGAUGGUAAAUGCCAGGAAGCUGUGAGUGAGGGUCAAGCUAUUCUUGAGCAACUGCAUGAGGAAAAAUCUGAAGGAUCAUGUAGUGAAGUGGCAGAGAGUAUUAAAAGUAACAGUAGUGAGAAGGCAAAAGAGCCUGAAGAUAAAAAUAGGAGAAGGCUCUACCCAGACUUGACCGAAUUAAAAACGCCUGAGAACACAAGCGACUCAGAGAGUUCUGAGGACCUUGAUAUAUUGUUACAACAACUACAUAAGAUAAAAAUGAAAAAGAAGAAAAAGGAGACACAGGGCACACAGGCCUACUGUAAGAAGGGGAAGGGAGUUAACAUCGGUCAACAAAACUCUGAGGAGGAGGAGGUAGAAUAUCUAGAAGAAGAUAUGGUGCCGAUUGCCCCACCUCCGUAUGUCGGGGGGAGCCAAGGUUCCGGGAGAUCUUUUCAUGCACAAGUUUGGAGGACAGUUAAUACAGAUAUGGGACUUGCAUACCCUGUAUUUCAGGACAAUAACAGGGGAAGAUAUCAUGAGCCUUUAGACUUUAAGAUAAUUAAAACCUUGGCAGAAUCUGUCCGCCCUUAUGGCAUAGAUGCCGUUUUCACUCUCACUCAGGUGGAGGGACUUACUAGAUUUUGCAUGACUCCCUCAGAUUGGGCUAGUCUAGUCCGCGCUUGUGUUUCCCCAGGGAAAUAUUAGGAGUCCAAAGUUGGCUGUUUAAUGUUUCUGGCAGUACCCAAGACUUGGAGCGAGGUAGGAGGCUUAAAAUUUCUGCAAAUAAUUCACAAUUAUCUAAUGCUACAUUACCCUCCGCAGCAGUCUGUCUCCAAUCUCCGUUCCUGUUUCUUUUGGCUAAUGAUACAUUACAGGGGAUGCUUAAUUGCUCUAAUAUUACCUGUUAUUUGUCUGAGUGUUGGAAUGGAUCCUGGCCUAUGGCAGUGGUUAUGAAAAUUCCAACUUUUGUCCCGAUCCCGGUUACUGCAGAUCCAGAGUCAUUUCCUAUUGUUGAACUGAUUAGAGCCCAUAGAGAUUUUGGAAUUACGGCAGCUAUAGUGACAGCUGUGGCGGUAUCUGCUGCUGCAGCAGUUACAGCUGGAGUAGCCAUGGCCAGCCAGGUUCAAACUGCUGCCACUAUUAAUCAGGUUAUUCAACAAACAUCCACCAUACUUGAAUCUCAAAGUAGAAUUAAUCAACACAUUUUAUCUGGGAUUCUGGCUGCUAAUCAAAGGAUAGAUCUACUUCAAGCUCAAGUUGAGGAAUUGUCUGAUCUAGUACAUUUGGGUUGUAUUGAUCAACGUGCACAUUUAUGUAUAACCUCUGUCAGAUUUUAUGAUUCCAGAAAUGCCUCCCACAUCAUCGGGGAGUAUCUAUCCGGAACCUGGUCCAUGGAAGCAGAAAACUUGAUCCAGUCUCAACUAACUCAGAUUGCUGUUUUGAACAGUACCCGUGUCGAUCCCGUGACUUUGGGGUGCUGUCAACUUGUUUGUCGUUAUAAACAGCCACAGUUCAGCCUCAGCUAUCCCCCUUCGUCCACCAUCGUCACGAUACAGGAUGCGAGGCAAGGCACUGCACUUGAGUGAUCCUUGACGUGGACCUCAAGGAGAGCAUGUCCUAUUGCAUGCGGGUUCGACGCGUCCACGCCCCGCCCCACGAAAAAAGGCGUCGGCUGAUAUGGCCUCAGAUCUGGGGAAGGGCCCUCCUUAGGACUGAGCCAUACUAUGCAGCCACUUCUGCACAGUGGGAUAGGACCUCUACUCUCGCCUGUAUUGUUUUAAGAAAACAGAAAGGGGGAACUGUGGUGAGCCGCUUCUGCCGUUUCUGCAGAUUAUGGUCGCCAUUACAAGAUGACGCUGGCUCCGCUGUGGUCUGUGACAAACAACUCCUUAUCUGGGAGAGUUGGCACAUGAUUUUUCACCACCCUGUGAGAAAGCUCCACGCGGCAGCUUUGCAUUGGGGCUUGGGAUGCUUUAUUAAGGCUGGGAGGGGCAUCCGAGAAGGAGAAGAAGAAAUAUCAAGGGCUUGAAUAAACUGCUGAAAGAAGA